CGAAGGUAACAGCUUGCGGAAGGAUGUACCAGAAUCCCAGUGCCACUGUACACUUUAUUCUGAGCAGAGAGAGAGCGAGCGAGAGCCAGCAAGCGAGAGAGAGAAACAGAGAGAGCGAGAAAGAGAGAGGGAGGGGGGUUGUUGGGGGUCCUAAGCGCGCCAGUGCAAAAGACCGCGUCACCUCGGCAACCAGUCGCGCGCAGCAUCCGAGCCGCAUCUCCUCACCUCUCAUCAUCAGCAAGCAGCGCUAACUUGCCAGUCAGAGAUGGUAAAGUUGGGAAGCAAUCUCGUGGAGAAAGCAGAGAAGGAGCAAGCAGGGGAAGAUGGCUUUGAUAAUAUUCCACUGAUAACUCCCCUGGAUGUGAAUCAGCUACAGCAGCCAUUUCCUGACAAGGUAAUUGUAAAGACCACAACAGAAUAUCAGCUCCAGCAAAAGAAAAGAAAGCUGCAUGUUCCUGGGAUUAAAAAACUGAACAUAAACCUAUAUGAUGAACUUUCAGAGAAAGUCAAGCUUACUGGACUGAUCCUCAUUAUUAUGAUAUUCUUGGCCUGCCUUCUGAUGCUGGUCAUGUACAAGGCUCUGUGGUAUGACCAGCUUAGCUGCCCAGAGGGUUUUGUGUUUAAGCACAAGCACUGCACUCCUGCUGCCUUGGAGAUGUAUUACUCUGAACAGGAGACAGGCCCACGUGGAAGCCUGUAUACAGCCAUCAGUCACUUGAACCAGGCAAAGAAAACUCUGCCAGAGCUGCCAUCACCAUGGCUUCCUGUAAUCAAUGCUUUGAAAGAGGCAGAAAAAGCAAAAGAAGAAUCAAGCCGAGUCCAGUAAAAAGGAACAAUGGAUGCUACUGUAUUAUAUCCAACAAAUGUAUUGUACUUUUAAUUAACAUUUAAAGGAAAAUAAAAUUAAACUGUUGAAGGAAUUUAGCUGAUCCAGGACACAUUUGUCUGAAUGAAAUAUGUUAAGCCCUUGGCUUUUUAGUCAAAAGGUGCCACCAAUUUUAAGAGUUCUGUACUGUCUGUUUAUUGAUUCAAAAUUAAAUGAGAGGAACCAAAAUUCUGUGAUAAAUUAAAAGUAUAAAUAUCUGUCUUAAUGCUGGUAAAAAAGUCUGUUUAGUCAGGGUUCCACACAGUAUGAAAACAGGAAAAGAUUUGUAAAUAAAUACUGUCUCUCAGCGCAACUGUAAGGGGCCUAUCGUUCAUUUUCUGUGCUAAUUUCAGAAACCUUAUACAUGCUCAUGCGAAAAAUGUUACUUUAAAACAACAAACAAAAAUCAAUUGAAGAAUAAUAUAACUUAGCCAGUCUAUUUGCUUUCUAUUAGGAAAAUGUACGAGUAUUGUGUUAACUUUGCUUAGCCUUGUGUUAAGAAAACAAGUAGAAAUAUUACAUAUUUUUCCUCAUAUUCCAGAAAUAACCACUUACCACUGGAUUGUUUUCAGUCUUGUUGACAAACUAAAAAGGAUGUUUUUGUCAAUGCAAAUGGUGCUUCAUAUGAUAUUAGUCAUUGUACAGUAACCCUACAAUACCAGUAAAAUUACUUAAACCAAUGCGUAGAAUGUAAAAAAUAAGGACUGAAUUGAUCAUUUGUUUUAUUGUUGAGUGAGACUAGGAGUUGUAAACAUAAAUCAUAAACUGUACUCAUGUAAAGAAUUGGAAGAUAACAUGAGGUGUGAGGACUACAGAGAGGAAAAUAAAUCAGUUGUUCAAUGUUGCUACUAGCGAGCAGAGCUUUAUGUCUGUCAAGUAUACUGUACAUACCAGUGGCAUACUUUUCUUGGAAAUGCUAAGAUUUUAGUUAGUAAUACUGGAAUAUCAGAUGAAACUCUGACUUGCACCAGUAUAAAGAGGUAUAGAAGAUAAGACUAUUCAGCUGUAUUAAUUCCAUUAUAUAUAUAUAUAUAUAUAUAUAUAUAUAUAUAUAUUUACAACUAUGACACUUUCAAUGGAGUAAACAUGUUUAGUAAGGAGGAUCCAAAUUUAAGAUAAUUAUUCAUAAUUGUGAAAAAAGGGUGGAUAGCUGUACAUAGUAUACUGAGUCAAAUGGACAAAAAGUUUUUUCGUUUUCAGAACAGAAUUAACAAAUGCACGAGUUCAACUAAUGGCAAGUAAUAUUUGAGGACACGAUACCAGCAAUGAAGAAGUGCUUUGACGUUUUGUGGUAAGCAUUAAUAAUAUGUGUAUAUACAUAUUCUUAAUAUAAUCAGGUAAUGUUAGCACAUUUAAACAUAACAUUACUAAAAGGAUAAAUUAAUUUAUGUUUUCAGUGUGAAUUAACACAUUUACUUUUUUAGCAUGUAGACAAAUAAAUAUUGUACAAGAUACAGCUGGUCAAGCUGUGCUGGUUUAAUAGCAAUCAAUCAAUACAUUCAUUCAUCCAUACACCCAUCCAUCUAUCCAUUCAUACAUACAUACAUAUUAAAUAUGGAUGCAUUUAAGAAUUAAUAAAUAUAACAGAUUUCAAUGACCUCUUACAAUUAAAUGCUAAGGUGUUAAUAAGUCAAGAGCAGUACAAGGAAAAAAAAAAUUUUAAAGGUAAAUAAUAGACUAUAAUGAUGAAAUUGAAACAAGAAUUAGACCUGAUUUCAGGACAACAGGAACUUCGAUAAUAAAUCAAAAAUACACUAAUCUGAGUGAUGAAUAUCAAAAAAAGAAGUUGAAUUACGUAAUAUGAAUCAGAGAUCUUUGGUGGAUCAUACUUCUGAUUUUUAAAAAUUUAAUAUUUAAACACAAGACAUUAAGCAUUAAGUUUGAAAGGAAUGUGAAAGUUUAAAAGGAUUUUUUUAUUAUCAGCGAAAAAUAUGGUCUCUUGGCAAGUGGUAGAAAGUUUGGUUAUACUAAAGAUGUUCAAAUAUUAAUACUACAAUGCAGAGUUUUCCAUUUGCGCUAUGUUAAAUGUUAUUUGUUGGUCUUAUUUGUUUGUUCUAAAACUAAAAUACUUUGUUACAUGCUUGAAUCAGGGGAAAUAUAUUCACAUUUCAACAUUUCAUUUUGUUUUAAAUUGAAAAAGUUGCAUUUGCUUCUGAUUUGCUAUGAUAGGCUUUUACCCCUGACUCUAUUAAUAAAGUUAGUGAAAAUAUUUUAGACAAACCUACCAAGUAAAUGAUACUCUAUAUAAUUUGUCCUUCUAUGUUUGCUAUUAUCUUUCACAUUGUUAAUCUGUGAAGUGUUUAAUUCAAAGUUCCAUGUUAUCACCACCUACUUAGUGCUAGUGCUUGCAGGGCCACAGUAUCUUCUUUUUAUUGUAUUUAUUGGAAGUAUCACAACGGUGUAGCCUAUAUUAUAUUAGUUAAUGUGUUGCUUUUGAGCAGUGCCAUAAUAUUAAUUAGUGAGUAUUUUCUUUCUGGCUUUAGGCAUACAAUCUUACUUUAUAUCAUAGCAAAGACAAAAACACAAAUAUUCCACUCUCACUCAUUUCACUUUCAUGGAUGUCAAGCUGAUGUUCAUCUGAAAGCUGAAAUCAUUAAACAUGCAGCAGUGUAUAUCCACUUCAUGUUAAGCUGGUUAGAUUUAUUUAAAAAUAUAAAAAAAAUAUGUUCUGUACUUGUUCUUUAUUGUUUUCUAGUUCAAGUAAAUUUAUUUAAAUUUAUGAAUACAGUAUAGGUGUACAUUAUGAUAUUCAUAUCUUUAGAUAUGUCCAUUACUUCAUCAGCUUUUGCUGGUCACUUUUGGCAUAUCUCUUCAGCCCUACCCAUUUACCAUUUAGCUUUCUAAUACGUUUGCUUUUAAUUGUAAUUUUUUUGGUGUAGUUUUAGGAAUCUACCAGAAUUAUCAAAUAGCAGAAAAUGCAUUAUGAAAUGGUAUAGGCAUAGUACUUACCAGAGACUUCAGACAGGAACACAAAAUCAGAAGAAACUAGGACUGUGUAAAGAAGGAGCAAAAUUAUGGAAGAACCUGGCAACAGAUGACAGUAACAGGCAGAUUAUAAAUUAAUAGAUUUUCUGCUGCUGAUGUAGGGUUUUAAAACUACUCAAAGAUCAGCUUUUAUUUAAAGCAUAGCAUGCAGUACUUCUUGAAAUGCCAGGUAAAGUAUGAUAAUAUGUAAUGUGUUCAUUUUUUUACAUUGGUAUAGUUUUUAAGUGAAGUAAAUGACCUCAUUAAUCAAUUUUGGCUUGCUCCAAUAAUACACAAAUGAACUUACUCAGGAAAAGACAUUUUGCUAAUUUUGGAAAAUUCAUACCUGGCAGGGUGUUUGUUAUUAAACGAGAUGGCACCUUAAAUAUGUCAUAAGGCUCCAAAACAGAAACUUUCAGUUAGGGGCUGAAAAGGAAUAAAACAAGGAUAUGAAAUAUAUUUUCCUUAAACCAAAUUUGAGAACAUGAAAACUAACGGAAAAGAGAAAAAAGCCUGAAUUGUUGAUAAGAAUCAUUCUGUAGCAACAUACAUUUCAACAGAUUUUCUGCAAUAAUAGAAUAUAUUCUAUAUCAUCUCUCAUCUUUCUGUCUAUCUAUCUAUGAUGGAAAUAAAACAUCAAAAUAUUAACUAGUAGGGAAUGGCAGUCGCUUUGGGGCAAAGUCAUUCAGCAUGGUUUGAUACUAAGAGUUCUAGUAUACUGUAUUUUUUCAUUCUCCCUGUGCUCUGUUAUUCCAAUUGUUUAGGUGUGUUUGUAUAGUUUUUUCAUGGCAUAUCCAAUUUUGCAGUUUCAGGUGCUUUAGUAGAUGCACUCUAUCACUUGAUAAAUUGUUUGUUUGUAUUAAACCAAAAUGGCACUCUACUUUUCACUAUACUUAAGUCGGCUCUUCACUGUUACAGUGUGAUGCACUUGGUUUAUGUUGAUCAGCACUUACUCACUUUCAUUUUAUUAAAGAUGGCAAUCUUUUCCCGAUGCAGCAAACACUUUCUGUGUACAGUACUAAGUGCCAAAAUGAAUGUUGUGACCAUCUGCUUUCAUAAAACAAAUAAAUGAAUGUUUAACUUUGUCAUCAAA